AUGUCGAUGAGGAAGUCUCCUGGCCUUCGGUUGCAGACAUCGAUCGUGCAAGAUAAUAUUCCAGUGGAAGUCGCCGCCGGUUUGUUCGUGGGUUCCAUUCACGCCGCCUUCAACGUCGAAGCUCUCAAGGCCAACAAGAUAUCGCACGUGCUCAAUCUCGCGGGCAGCUACGCGACGUUCCCCGAGGACUUCACGUACCUAAGUCUAAGUAUCCGUGACAAGGAAUACGCCAGUUUACUGAGCUGCCUCCCCAUUGCUGCGGUAUUUAUCGACGCUGGACUGAAGCAAGGCGGCGUGCUUGUGCAUUGCGCCGGCGGACGUUCAAGAUCCCCUGCAGUCGCGAUGGCGUUCCUGAUGAUGAAGCAGCAGAUGUUGUACUCCACUAUUUCAGCUCACGUGAAGGCACUGCGGCCGGUUGUGAGUCUAAACGUUGGCUUUGACGCUCAGCUCAAGUGCCUCGAGACCGCGAGUGGUGACGUUUUCAUCGCAAACCAGCAUCUUCUCAAGGCGCGCUUAGCACGGCUGGCCCAACAGCACCAAGACGGCGAGCUUAAUAGCGAGGUGGCCAGGAAGCGCCGCCAGUCGCAGCAAGCGUCGGAUCCACCCCCGCUCUUGAAAAAGCAGUCGUCAAUUGAGAUGUUAGCCUCUGGCUGUGACGAUCGAGGAAUGCUGGGCGAAAGAGUACCGAGCGGAUUCUGUCUUUCGCUUCCCCGGGGGUCAAGAUGUUCCAAAGCGACACCAGAGAAGCCUGCCGCGUCCUUUAUUCCAGCGUUGCGCUCCAUGGGGACCAUGUAUGGCUGUCAAUCGUGCGGAGAAAGCCUGUUCUGCGCGGGUGCCAUUGUUCAUCACCACGACCUGUCGAAACUCACGGGCAAAUCUUAUUCUGAUGGGGGUAGCACGUGCUUUUUGGGGGCUUUACGGGGACAGGUAGACGGCAAUGGCACGAGCGGUUCACCAACGAAUUCGUCGACUGGUGAAGAGCAAGUUGUCGUCACGACAAGAAACACCGUCACGAAGAAACCAUUGCUCGCCAAGCUGCGUCUAAGGCCUCACAGCCCCAGCGUAACUGUGGGAACUGGUUCACACACAGGACCCUCCGACGAUUGUAGCAAGAGAAAGAGUGCGUCACCAGUGCUCAGUAAACCGAGUCUCGAUCCUGAGGCAGAAGGGCAAUCGGGAACCUCCCCUCAGUCGCUGCAAAUUUUGCAACCUGCUCGACGCCCCGCCACGGAAGAAAACAAGCGAACGAGUUCGGCGACGUUUUCUCCGAACAAAGUGAACGGCGAGCCCAAAAAGAAGUCGGGAGCUGGUUUGUGGCGUUCUCUUACGUCUUUCAAAGCCCAAAAACGCACUGCGAAGGAUCCGAGCCAAACCCCCGCCCAUUUGAUAUUCCUGAAGCGCAACGCCGUCGACUGGCAUCGGAACAUCCAGCAACUUGUGGAGGUCAGUACCGUGUCUCAAGCUCAUAGCGGGUCUACAGAGGAACAAAUGACACGGUUAGUUGACGAAGACUCGACAGCGAUGGUGGCAUUGAACGACUGCAAGCAGUGGUUUGUGGAUCCUCAGCCCUGGACACUUGAUCAAGCGACCACACACACAGAGGGGGCAAUCCAUUGUCCAAGAGAAGAAUGCAAAGCUAUCGUUGGCGAGUGGCGGUGGGAAGGCUUAAGGUGCGAGAAAGUUGCUUGGUAUUUUGCUGCCGAAUGA